UUCCCCAUCCUGAACCCUCCUGCACAGCUUGUGUUAGCCUGUUACAUCAUGAAGUCUCUGCCAGCUAGCUGAUAAUUAUUAAUUUCAAUGAGACAUGGUCCUUUAGUUGAUAUAAACCAUUAAGACACUUAAAGAAUUUCUAUGAUAUAGAUAAAACAGAAACUUGUGGAUGAACAAAGAAGGAUAAUAAAAUAAAAUGCCCAUAACUCAAUCAGUGGUUCAAACAUAGUCAGUGAAUCCUUUUUAAGAGGCAGAAGACAGUGGACUCUGAAGUUUGAAGAAACAGCAAUUCAGAUAAAGAGCAGGAGAAAGAAUCCAUAAAAAGGCCCAUGUUAAAUAGGAUGGUAUACUCAUGUUAUUCCAAAAACGUAAAAACGGUUAAAGUAAACUAUACAUGUGGGAAUAUUUUAAGUACAAGUCAAAGAUAUACAAAAAGAUAGACUUUGAAAACCUUGUACACCAGUCAUAAAUGUAGGUUUUAUUUCACAGAUUAAAUGAACUAAAAAAAUCUAACUGUAGGAGUGACAUGAUGACAUCUGCAUUUUAGAUGCAUUUAAGGGAGGCCUGGUGUGCUGCGAUUCACGGGGUCGCAAAGAGUCGGACACGACUGAGCAACUGAUCUGAUCUGAAUAACACUUUGGCUUGAGAAUAGAGAGUGGAUUGAAAGGAUAAGUGACAAAAGCAGAGAGAUUUAAGGAAACAAUCCAGUUUGGAGGAGUAGGGAGUAUGACCUAAACAUGGGGUUGAGAAAAAGAAGUGGAUAUAAGGAGGGUUAAAAAUCCAGUCAACAGAUACUGUGAUUAUGUAAAAAGGACGAGAGACAGAAUUGCGCAUGCUCAGUCGCUCGCACUGAGUAAUGCCAGAAUCUUUCUGUAGCCCACCAGGCUCUUCUGUCCAUGGGACUUUGCAGGCAAGAGAGACAUAAUAAGCAAGGGUAAUUUCAAGUUUGUAUAUUGGGUUGGAUAAAUUGACAGUGAUGUAAUUCACAAAAACAUGGCAAAAAAGUGGAGCAGAUUUAGGAAUAGGUAAGUUAAUUCAGUUUUGAAUAUGUUGAGCAUGUGGUGUAGAUAUUUAGGAAGCAAGUGGAAAAGUGGAUUUGUGUUUCAGAAAGAUAUUUGACUUAAAAAAGCUGUUUGGAAGUAUAUAAAUUAAAGCAUAUAAACACUUAAACUCAUGUGAGCUCAAUCAGAGAUAAAGCACAGAAUAUGGAAGACAGGAAAGAGUGAACCCUUGGAAUCAGCAACAUAUAACUAAUAGGUAGAUGGAGAAAGCGGUGGACUGGGGAUAUGAGAGAAACAGUGGUAGAGUACUAAUUCAUGGAAUCUGAGGAAUACUAAUUUAAAAAAUAGCAGGCUGGUUUAUAGUGUUGAUCAAUGCCAAGGGGCAAAAAAAGAAUUCUUCUGUGUAGACAAUUGCAGACUAGAAGUAAUUGAAUGUUUGAGUUUCAACAUAUCUCUAAAAGCAGCCUACGCUUACGCUUAUCCCUAAAUGAAACUAGUCUCUCUUAAUUAGGAUAUGUGGAUAUCUUGCCUUUGCUAAAUUAUCUGAAGAAAAAGAGAUUUUCCUCCUAGUAUCUGAUUUUAUUCCCUUGUGUUACAGUUUAAACUUCUUUCUUCAUCUCAUGAAGAUGGUAGCCAGAUCGGGACAGUGUAAUAAUACAUAAAGAAUGAAGAAAUCAUGACUUUGGUUUUUUUGCCUCUUCCCUUUCCAAGCCAUUGAUGACAACCCUGAGUAAUUCCAGCUGGAGGCUGAUCCAGCCAUCCUUUUUCCUGAUCGGCAUCCCGGGUUUAGAGGAAAGCCAGCGCUGGAUAGCACUGCCACUGUGUGUCCUUUACCUCCUUGCCCUACUGGGCAAUGUCACCGUCCUCUUCACCAUCUGGAUGGACCCAUCCUUGCACCAGCCUAUGUACCUCUUUCUGGCCAUGCUCUCUGGCAUUGACCUGGUCCUGGCCUCCUCCACUGCACCCAAAACCCUUGCAGUGCUCCUGGUUCACGCCCAUGAGAUUGGGUACACCGUCUGUCUGAUCCAGAUGUUCUUCAUCCACGCGUUCUCUUCCAUGGAGUCAGGGGUACUUGUGGCCAUGGCUCUGGAUCGCUAUGUAGCCAUCUGUCACCCUCUGCACCAUUCUACCAUCCUGCAUCCCAGGGUCAUAGGGCACAUUGGGAUGGCGGUGCUGGUGCGGGGGAUACUCCUCCUCCUCCCCUUCCCCAUCUUGUUGAGGAGACUUGUCUUCUGCCAGGCCACCGUCAUAGGCCAUGCCUACUGUGAACACAUGGCUGUGGUAAAACUUGCCUGCUCAGACAGCACAGUGAACCGAGCCUAUGGGCUGGCAGUGGCACUGCUUGUGGUUGGUCUAGAUGUCCUGGCCAUUGGUGUUUCCUAUGCCCUCAUCCUGCAGGCAGUGCUGAAGGUACCAGGAGGUGAGGCCCGACUUAAGGCCUUUAGCACAUGUGGAUCUCAUAUGUGUGUCAUCCUGGUCUUCUAUGUGCCUGGAAUGUUCUCCUUCCUCACUCACCGCUUUGGCCGGCAGGUGCCCCAUCAUGUCCAUGUUCUUCUGGCCACACUCUACCUCCUGGUGCCACCUGCACUCAAUCCUCUGGUCUAUGGGGUGAAGACUCAGCAGAUCCGCCAGCGAGUACUCAGGGUGUUUGACAUAAAAGGACAGAUCUGAACACAUCCCAAUCAUUUUCUUCAGAGGUUCUUGCCAGCCAUGCUGCCAGGAGCCCAUGGUUGGUCUUCGCCACAUGGAUCAAGUCCAUUGUUAUCAUGAGAAAUCUUUCUGGUCAUAAUAGUCUCAUGGCAAAGAACAUCAUGAACACUUGGCUCCAUGGCUGAUUGGGAUGUGCCUAGAGAGCCUGAUUGUGAAUAUUUCCUCCAUCCUUUAUUUCCUAAUCCAAACAUUUCUCUAUUCCUGGUGAUGGAGGGGUUUGGGGUUAGGAGACACACAUGAUGGCUCUGGAUAUGCCAUUUUUUCUAUCUAAUGACUGACUGUGCAACAUCUCCUAGAGUGUAUAUGGAAAGUUCCAGUGUUUGUCCUGCUUUAGUUCUGAGUGUCAUCAAAACUUGUAAGUGCUAUGAGCUUCAGGUCACUAGGCUCCUGUGUAGUAAGAACCUUUCUCAAAUCGUUUGAGACAGUCACAAUGUGAGAAAAUACCUUUUCCUGAAAUAUGGGUGUUAUUUAUUUAAAACAAACUUAUGUGGAGCAGAUACUGUGAUAGGGAAUAAUGUGAUAUCCCUGUAUUUAGUGUAGAAACACAUGUGAAUAGUGACUUUCUUUUUUAAAAGAUCUGUUGUAUUUCAGAUUUAUUGCAUUUUAAUUUACCUAUAUUUUUCUUUGGAUAAAGAAGGAAUAAGAUAAAGUGUUGAAUUUAUGUAUUUUAUAAGUAUUAAUUUAACCAAGCAAAAGUAACCAUGUAAUUAUUUGUAUCUCACAACUAUAACAUAUGUUAGAAUAUGAUGUUGAUAAACAUAGGUUUAUUAGUAAAUUUAGAAGCAGUUAUGCCAGUGGAUGCAAGAGUUGGACUGUGAAAAAAGCUGAGCA